AAACGGGUCAAAACAACAAUUUCCACCAUCCAAAAUUAAAGGGAGAAAUUAGAACCUCAUAGAAGAAAUAGACAAAGUAAAACUAAUUUGAUCCAUGAUUAUUAGUAUAAAACACAUUCCCCUUCUUCAUUGCAAACAGUCGAACCUUCUUAGAAACAAAUUAAAUUACAUAAAGAAUAUCAAGAACGCAUUAGUGACAAUAUGGCAAAGUCUACAAUCAUCCUUAUCUCAACCCUUUGCUUCUUAUCCUUCUUUGGUUCGGUUUAUUGCAAUGACCGAUUCUUUGUUGAGGGCGUCGUUUACUGUGACACAUGCCGCACACAGUUCAUUACCAAGUUGACUGAGUUCAUGGAAGGUGCAACCGUACGUAUGGAGUGCAAAGAAGACAAUGGAACAGUGACAUUCAGCAAAGAGGCAGUGACAGAUGCAUCAGGAACAUACAGAGUGGAAGUAGAUGGAGACCAUGAAGAUGAAGUGUGUGAAAUAACACUUGCAAAGAGUCCAAGGAAAGAUUGUUCAGAGGUUGACUCAGAUUCUCACUUGGAACAAGCAGCUAGGAUCAGCAUCACAAACAACAAUGGAAUUGUGUCCCCUCUUCGUACCGCUAACCCUCUUGGUUUCCUUAAGAAAGAACGUCUUCCUGGUUGUGCUGAUGUUCUCAAGGACCUCGGAAUUAAUGAAGAUGGUUCCCUCAUUUGAACUAUUUCUAAUUUUAUUUAAUAAUACUAAGGUGGGCUUUUUCCUUAGCCCCCAUUCAUUAGGACUCUUAUGUCAACAAUUAUUAAUAAUGUAAGCUUUUAUGUAUUUACCUUUCAGAGGAGUUUUCCUAUACUGAAGACCCUCAAAGGAUAUUCCUCUCAUUUUUAUUUCAGAUAAUGCCAAUGGUUUUUUUUUUUA